CCUUUUUCCUUCUAUGAGCUUUUAAGCUCAUUCUCCUUUUUUUUUUCUUCUUCUGUUUAUGACAAUUAUUUUCUUAGUUCUUGAUUUGGUGGGCACACAGAUCUGGUGUACCAGAUAGACAUAGAAGCACUAUGGUUGUUAACUAGUAGCAAGAAGAAAGGAUUUGGGGAUGUUAUGAAGGUCUGUGAGAUCAGCCAAUCCCUAGAACUCAUAAACUUUCUGUUUCCUUUUUCCUCUUUCCCUUCUCUCUCUUUCUUUACUCAUCUAAAAGCUAAAGCUGUAAGCUUUCCAUUAGCUCAAUUACCCUAGUAACAAAGCCAGUUGAUUAGACAAAAAAGAAAAAAAAAUCAAGUACACUUUCAACAAAUUGUCAAUGACUCAAUGAGUUAAACGGAAUAAAGAAACGAGUAAAAAAAAUAAAACGGCUUUUUGUAACCCAUCACAACAAAAUCUUCUCAGAAACAUUGACAUUUGACACCCACUUGCAAGAUCUCGUAAUGGGUUAAAAAUAACCCUAGAAAUUAGGGUUUUAUUAGGGACUAAUACAUGAGCUGAGCAUAGCUAAUUAGUCAAGGGAGAAGAAAAAAGAAAGAAAGAAACCGUUUUCUCUUCUCAGCAUGACCAGAAAAUAGUCAAAUUUAAUCUCUUAAUAUUUAUUGCUCGUUGAUUUUCCCCAUUUUAGGCAAUGGAGUUUGGUAACUAUGGUUAGGGCUUUAAGGAAAAUAAAGGGUGACUCUAGACUAGGAUUUUCUUUUUUGUCUUGGUUGGAAGAAUCUUUGAACACGUCACACGUGAUUUUUCAGUUCUUGACUUUUGAAAGAGUUUAACCAAGUCAUACUUGGAAGAUGGAAUUGGUAUCUCUUUAACUCUUGGAUCUGAACCCUAAAGUUGGAUCUUCUACAACACCCCUCCUAUGGGAAACUCUCUUCAGCAUAGAGUAAAAAAAUUCUUUUACAUAGUUUGGAAAAACAGCAAAAGACAAUGAAAGAGAGUCAUGAAACAAUGAGGGUCCAAAACGCUGCAUCAUCAUAAUUUCAAUGGUAGCUUAUGGAGUCUCUGCAUUUGCUCAAGAUCUUGAACUUUACAUAUUUGUGAAAGUUGUAGUCUGAGAAAGAAAAAGAAGGGUUUUUAAAGCUGAAUGAGAGAGAGAGAGAGAGUGAGAUAAAUCGGGGAGCAGAGAGCCAGGCCAAUGAGAGAGUUCUGAGCAUUUUGGCUUCUUCCAUGCAAAGGAAAGUGUACAACUACUGCUUUUGCUUGCUGAUAAUUUCCAGUAGCUGAAAUGAACGGCUGUGAUGUACACACACUUUUACACAGAAAAGACCAUUUUUUUUAAACAAUAUAUGGUAUCAGAUUCAGUAAAUGUGACUUAAAAAUCUUGCACGAAAUUUAGUUGGUUGGAAAUCGAGGUGGGCAAUGAGGUGUGGUUGAGAGCAUUAUCCACUGUGAGAUGCGUUUCCUUGAAGUGGCAGAGAAAAAAAUAGGUCUAGAAAUGGUUGAACCAAUCAUAUUGUGGGAACCUGUGCCACCGUGGCAGCAGCAGCCAAUCAGUGGCUCGAGGAUAUUAAGCGUCAAAGCUUCAAUUGAGAGGUACAAGAAAGCAAGUUCAGAUUUAUCUACUGGUGGACAAUCUGCUUCUGAGGCUAAUGCUCAGUUUUACCACCAAGAAGCUGCCAAACUGCGUGUACAAAUCAGCAAUCUGCAGAAUCACAAUAGUCAAAUGAUGGGUGAGGGUUUGAGCACCAUGAAUGGCAAGGAUCUCAAAAACCUAGAGACUAAAUUAGAAAAAGGAAUCAGCAGAAUUCGUUCCAAGAAGAAUGAGAUGCUAUUUGCAGAAAUUGAGCACAUGAAGAAGAGGGAGAUACACUUGAACAAUGACAAUCAGCUUCUUAGAGCAAAGAUAGCAGCAGGUGAGAGGAGUCACCAUAAUGUUAACGGGUUGUCUGGAAGCAUAAGCUAUGAAUCGAUGCAAUCUCAGUUUGACUCCCGCGGCUUCUUCCAAGUAACUGGAUUACAACCUAAUAAUAAUCAGUAUGCCGGACAAGACAACAUGUCCCUUCAAUUUGUUUGAAGAGUUUAAGCUUAAGAAGGAGAAAGACUUAGAUUUCCUAUUGUUUGUAUUUGACAUCUAGAAUGAUAUAUAGGAAUGCUAAAGCCUAUGAAGUAUGCAGAAUUCAAUGGAGGGAAUUCAUUUAAGUAUUCCCCUCAGUACUAUGUUAUGGACUAUUUAGUAUGCAUACAGGUACUCUGAGUACAGAGAUUGCACCCUGCCAUAUUUUGUCAACUUUUGUUUACUUUCCCUAUUUCUCCUGUAAGAUAGGCUUCUAUAUAUGUCUAUUAAUUUCAUACUUCACUUACUAUGAA